GUUGGGCGUGGCUCCCUGAUGCAGUGGUGCAGACAGAGAUGCAUAUAAAGAGGACGGGGAUCGCUUGGCCUUUAGGAGUUUGGAAGUUUUUCGUCUUGGUCACUGAAUCAUCGGACUGUCGAGUAUCCAGGUAUCCAACACUUUUCAUUAGUUUGCUGCAUCAGAUCAUCUCAGUGCUGCUUCUCACGACUGACGAACAUUUAACCUUCAGCAGGAUGAUGAAAGUUGGUGUUUUCCUUCUGCUUCUCCUCCUGGAGACGUGCUCGGUUUCCUCCUACGAAAACGUGGCCCUGCGUGGAAAAGCAACGCAGUCGGACCGUUAUGAGCACGCGUUUGGAGCUGCCAGCGCCGCUAUCGAUGGAAACCGUAACAGUCAUUUCCACUCCGGAUCAUGCACCCACACGGAUGAAGAGCACGACCCCUGGUGGAGAGUGGACCUGCUGGAGUCCUACAUCGUCACCUCCGUCAUCAUCACCAACAGAGGAGACUGCUGCGGAUACAGGCUCAACGGGGUACAGGUUCACAUCGGCAACUCUUUGGAAGAAAACGGUGCCAAAAACCCGAUGGUCGGGCAAAUUAACAAAUUUCCUCAAGGCGGAUCGCGCACUCUGACUUUCACUGAUCGAGUGGAGGGACGUUACGUGACCUUGGUUGUACCGGGUUACGAAAAGUUUCUUACCGUCUGUGAGGUGGAAGUCUACGGGUACCGUGCCCCAACUGGAGAGAACCUGGCGGUCCACGGAAAGGCCUCACAGUCCUCACUGUAUGAAUUCGGUGCAGCAUACAACGCCAUUGAUGGGAAUCCCGACAGCAAAUGGGAGCACGGCUCCUGCACGCACACAAAGAACAACAUCGGGCCCUGGUGGCGGCUGGAUCUGGGAAAAACCCACAAAGUGUUUUCUGUUAAGAUAACCAACCGAGACGAAGAGUCGGGGCGACUCAACGGAGCUGAGAUCCGCAUCGGAGAUUCUCUGGAAAACAACGGCAACAAUAAUGCCAGAUGUGCUGUGAUCACAAGUAUCCCAGCAGGUGGUGUAGGUGAGUUUCAGUGUAACGGGACGGACGGUCGCUACGUCAACGUAGUCAUCCCAGAAAGAGAGGACUUCCUGAGUCUGUGUGAGGUGGAGGUGUACGGCUCCCGUCUGGAUUAAGAAGAACUACGCAAUGCGUGAAGAAAAAAAAUCCCUUCCCUGUAAACUCACUGAUUAUCUGCAGCUGUGACCGUUACUGCAUUGUGGAUUUUUUUAGCAUAAAGCUGUGAAGAUGCUAAGGACAGUUUAUGGGCUACAUUCUUGUUACAUCGAGAUUUUUUUACAGCACUUCUCAGUGCAUCAUAGUAUGUUUAGCCAUGUUUUAAUGCUGUUGAAUUGUCUUUUUAAAUACUAACUUUUUUGUGAACUUUCACCUGCUGCAGGAUAAAACUGGUUGUCAUCAAUACAAUUAAAUAAUUAGAACAGACAUUUUUUCAUCUCA